AAAGGCUCCGACGGCGGCCGGCCGGAGCUGCGGAGCGCGCGGGAGCCGGCACCAGAGGUCGCCUGCGCGCGCCCUCGCCAAGCCGCGGGCACCAUGCCGCGGCGCCUGCAGCCCCGGGGCGCGGGCACAAAGGGCCCGCCCGCUGAGGCCUCGGGGGCCGGCCGGCACCCCCACCCCGCCGCCUCUGGGGACCCGCCCGCGUCGGCCAAGCCGCUGCUGCGCUGGGACGAGGUGCCCGACGACUUCGUGGAGUGCUUCAUCCUGUCGGGCUACCGGCGUCUGCCGUGCACGGCGCAGGAGUGCCUGGCCUCGGUGCUGAAGCCGACCAACGAGACGCUCAACUUCUGGACGCACUUCAUCCCGCUGCUGCUGUUCCUGAGCAAGUUCUGCCGCCUCUUCUUCCUGAGCGGCCGCGACUUGCCCUUCCACCACCCGGGGCUGCUGCCGCUGUGGUGCUACGCGUCGGGCGUGCUGCUGACCUUCGCCAUGAGCUGCACGGCGCACGUGUUCAGCUGUCUGUCGCUGCGCCUGCGCGCCGUCUUCUUCUACCUGGACUACGCGUCCAUCAGCUACUACGGCUUCGGCAGCACGGUGGCCUACUACUACUACCUGCUGCCGGGCCUGAGCCUGCUGGACGCCAGGGUGAUGACCCCGUACGUGCAGCAGCGCCUGGGCUGGCACGUGGACUGCACGGGCCUCAUCGCUGCCUACCGCGCGCUGGUGCUGCCCGUGGCCUUCGUGCUGGCCGUGGCCUGCACCGUGGCCUGCUGCAAGAGCCGCACCGACUGGUGCGCCUACCCGUUCGCCCUGCGCACGUUCGUCUUCAUCAUGCCGCUCAGCAUGGCCUGCCCCAUUAUGCUGGAAAGCUUGCUCUUCGAUCUGCGCGGGGAGAACCCCACGCUCUUCGUGCACUUCUACCGCCGCUACUUCUGGCUCGUGGUGGCCGCCUUCUUCAACGUGAGCAAGAUCCCCGAGCGCAUCCAGCCAGGCCUGUUCGACAUCAUCGGCCACAGCCACCAGCUCUUCCACAUCUUCACCUUCCUCAGCAUCUAUGACCAGGUGUACUACGUGGAGGAGGGCCUGCGCCAGUUCCUGCAGGAGCCGCCCGCCGCGCCCACCUUCUCGGGCACCGUGGGCUACAUGCUGCUGCUGGUGGUCUGCCUGGGGCUGGUCAUCAGGCGGUUCCUAAAAAACUCGGAGUUCUGCAGUAAAAAGUGAGCCUUGGCCUCGCCCGAGGCUGUUGGUUUGCUCACCUGUUUGUUGGCAGUUUCUGUUGUUGGUUUGUUUUCAGGUUUUGUUGUGUUUCCUUCUUUGCUGGAGUAGGGUGCUAAGACCCCAGAGGGGAAAGUCAGUCCCCUGCUUACAAAAGGGGCUCUGGGCCCACUUGGGACUUUGGAAGAAUGACAAAAGGGGGUCGGGCUGGAGGGGGUGGGGGGUGAGGCUCUGGUUCUUGUCCCUGCGGAAAAAUUCAGGUCGCGACUGUGGCACGCAGGGAUUUUGAGGAGGAAGCUAACAAAAUCCCAAGUGAAACCCCCAAACAGCUCGCUUUUCCAGUCGUCUCCGGUGUCAGGAGCCUUCUGAGGUCAGGAACGCAGUAAAGAGGAUCAAUAGGUAAAUUCCCUGGUACUUCCAUUCCAGCUUAUUUUUGUCCGAAGAAUGGAGCUUUGUAGGAAACUGGCCCGAAGACACAAACCCAGGGCUUCCCCUGCUAGAAAAUGCAUGGAAUGUGAACACAAGUUAUUUUGAAAUAUGUCUCAGAUGUUAUUUAAAUAGUAAUAUAUACAAUGAUUGUUUUUUUUUUUUCAUAAUUUAUCCAAGUCUGUGAUAUGCACUGAAUUUUCUUUGUCAUAGUUUUGGAUUUCGCAGCCUCCUGCGUUCCGUACACUUGAACUGGACAUCAGCGCAAGCUGCUUCAGAGUCCUCAGUUACUUUUCUCAACAGUGUUUUCUGAAGGCCUGUGAGUGUCAUGACACAACUGUGAAUGAUUCUACCUUAGGGACUCUGGGGAAGCUCUUGGUAAGGAGCUCGAGUGGUUUGUACGAAUCCCAGAUUCCUGUUUACUUUCAUGUGUUCCACAAAACCCAUCCUGAUUUUCUUGUUUGUUUUAAUUUCAUUUUUUCCCCUUUGCUACUUAUUUAAUUUGCCACUGGAAUAAAUGUGCCUUUUGAAGCAAUGCCCAAAUGGCUGGUCCUCAAAUAGUUUCUUGCCUGGGGAGAGCAGGAGGAGAUCACCGCGUGUCAGGGUUCACUGUCCCACCCGGGAGGGAAGCAGGAUGGUGUUGGUUUUAAGGUUUGGGCAGGACCGGAAGUAGUUGGGUCAUACAGAGCAUUUGGCGUCUCUCCAAGGAGAAGGAGCCAACUAGCUAAUGUGCCUGUGGUUCCUGAUGCAGCCAUGGGGGAGGAUGAGAAGGUGCUGUUUCUAGACUGAUGCCAUCCAGCCUUGCUUAAAAUUAACAAUACAAUAUUCAGGAAUAAAUGAGGCCAUUAUACUAGGAAAGUCAGGAGCAGAUUACAUGGGUUGUAACUGAAAAUUUUGAGUUAAAUGAGAUUGCAAUUACCCUCUUAAAACACCCAAGUCUCAUUGGGAUCCAAACUGUGGAGAUGAUGGGCAGUUAUCCCAAUUCCUUGAAAAAUGAGUGAGCCUGCCCUCGAGGUCCUAUUAUGGCCAGAUUCAGAGGUUUCUUCUCAAUGCUGACCUGUGACCACGGUGGCAACUCUAAAUUAAACCACUGAGGUAGCUUAUUUAAAUACUGAUCACACUUCCUGGCCUAUUGUUUUGGUUAAGAGCCAAAUAAGUCAUUGAAUGGGGAGUCUGGACUUUGUGGAACAAUUGAGAUCAAGCACAUAAGGUAGAUGGACAAGUACCUCGGCACUGAUAGGCUGGCACUCCUGAAGACAUUGCUGGUUUUGUUUAAUCUUUUUAUCACGGCUAUGUAAACAGAAGUUUUUGCACAGCUCCCUGGAGGAACCUGGAUCCUUGUAUAUGUGUAUCUUGCGUGUUAAUUUGCACACAGAAGUUGAGUGUAUAGAUGUCUGUAUUUUAUUUUGAACCUCUCCAUGGGAUCGUAAAUACUCUACACAGUUGCUGGUGAAUGUCAGUGUCUCAUCCUUUGCAGACUGCAGGGAAAAUCCCAGUAGGUUACCCAGACUGAUAAUCUGCGCUUACCACAGAUGUUAGUUCUUAGCUGUAACUUAAUGCAAUACGUGCAUUCAAGGACAACUGUGGAAAUCAGGAUAUUGCCACAUGCAGACUUAUUUGCAUGCCACUGCUGUCUCUUUAGAGCCUCAAAGACUAUUGGUUCCGAAGCGAGAGGAGCAGGUUGCAGAGUGUUUUGUAGCUUCUUUGUAAAAUGAGAGCUCCCUUUCCGAAGGAGCUUUCAAGAGGAAGACUUUUAAAAAGCAUGACUUGUUGGAGAAUGCAAACUACAAACUGAAUUUGUCAUUGUGAAUUUUUGCUGGGAGAUCCUCUGGGUCCACAAACAGACUUCUCCUCUUGCCCCAUGCCUUUGUCCUUAAGCAGAGGCCACUUGAGGAUAAAAUUAUACCCGUAUCAUUUUCAAGUGAUUACGAGGCACGGGCCCAGGAAAAUGACACACUUUUCCCCGUGGAGGUGUCAGCACCCAGCGCGACCCAGAGUGAACGAGGACCCUCUUGCUGGUCCCUUUGGCCUCCCCCAUUCCAGCUUGCGCUUUAUAGGUAGUAUGGAUCAUUGACAUGAGGGCAUUCUGGUAGAAAACUGAGCUUUGGCUCUGUUCUAUGUUUGCACAUAGGUACACUACACACUGUUGAACACCAAGGACAACUUGAUGAAUCACAGAGAUUAUUGGCUAAAUUAUAGUGGUUUCUGGUCAAGUCCAAUGAUAUUUUAGAAGCAAACGUUUACUGAGUCUCCACACGAGCAUGCAAGUAUCUAGGUGCCUAUUAUGUACUUCAGGGGCAGUGUGGCAAUCAGAAUAAAAUAUCUUUGACAAUACUCUUCCACGCUCUCCUUUGUGCUGCAUCUAUUAGAAUUAAGUUUCCAGUGAUCGUGUUCAGCUGUUGGAAAUGUAGGCCAAAUUAUAAAUAAGAAUUCAUUCCAUUGUCUCCAUACAACCUACUUUGGCAGUAGAAUUUUGAAGCAUAUUAUGUAAGACGUUUUAUUUUUUACUUGUUAGUCAUAAUCUAGAUGAUAUCUCAAGGAGCCCUACGGUAGUCUCGCCUGGGAAAUAAGGGUGUUUGAGUGCCAGUCACCCUGUGGGUUCGUCUCGGAGGCUUCAGGUUGACUGACUUGGCUAACAGGUUCCUUUCCUCCCUGCCAUUCUUCCAGCUCAGGUGAAGAGGAUGACCUUCCCAGAGAGAGAGAGAGAGAGAGAGAGGAAGUGAGAUCUUUGGUCCUGUCAGGACUGGCUUGUAAAAAUAAACGAGAUCUUUUCCAUUGGCCAUUCACUUUCCUGAAAUAGCCCAGGGAGAAAGGAUGGGGCUGCCCAGCUGGACAGAGCGGCCUCCCAUGUUUCCAUUCAUAAACCCUGCCUGUGAGUGCUCACAGACCAGACGCUGCCAAGCCUAAUCCAUCGUGCUCCUUUCGGGGAAUCAUUUUUUAAGAAUGCAAAAUUUUGGGAUGGAGGUGAUUUUUAUCAUGUCUUAUUUUUUUUUCUGAUUUGGUGCUGAAUCUGAGAGCCAGCAGCAAUAAUAACUAGGAAUGUUUAUCUUCAAAUCACCUCAUUUUGUUGUUAAUCUACACAGGGCUAUAGUAGGAUACAGGUAAGGUAGGAGUCCUCUCCAUUUCCAGCUUUUGCAGUUGGUUUCAAGGUGACAGAAUUCAGUUUUCAAGCUGGCAUGAAAACAGGGGGUGGUCUUGUGCUCACAGUGGCAUUUAUUGGUGUGCACGGCUGUGCUGCCUGACCAUGCACACACACUAAUUGGAGCUAGACAUGUAGAUUUCUUUAAUUGACUAUAAUUUUUACGUAGAGCAAAGGACGAACUGAAUGUCUUUGAAAUCAGGUUUGUAAAAUCUCAAACAAAACAUUACUAGUCACCUAACGGUUUUAUCGUCCUGUGUUUCACCUGUUGAAGUUCCCCACCACUGACUGCACUCUGUCAGUGUCCUCUGAGUAGACCUUCGUUGAUGCGUUCAUUCAUAUAUUCCCUUUGGUGAUCUUUGAGCACCUAUUGUAUGUAAGACACUGGGCACGGGCCCAUACAGAUUAGUACAGACUUUUGUCUUGUGCUGGAACAGAGGGCGAAGCAUCAGAAAGGCUCUUUGGCCACGGACCAGACUCUGACCUUCUGACCUUGCCAUCCAGAGUAUCCUAAACCACUGAGUUUGGAUCUUUUCUGUUUUCUAUUAUCACAAGAGCAACGAAUGCAUAGAAUCUGAUUUCAAUUAACAUACUAAUUUAGCCCAAAUCAAUUCCUUUUUCUUUCUCUUAUGUUUUCUGUCUGCCCCUAGGCCUAUGGUUAAAAAUAACUUGAAAAUUUAGUGUACAAAAUACGUGUGAAAGGAUAGAGGGGAUAUGUGCAGAAUUGAAGAACCUUUAUCACAAUUAAUAAAAACACUAAUAACAAGUAUCAAAAGAUUAAUAUUAUUCAUACUAUUAUGAAGUGUGAUUCAUCCAAAGUGCCUAAAUUGUGAAGUUAUUAAGUGUCUGAACGUCAUAGAUGAAAUGACAUUUUCAAGUUUAAUAUAUAAAUAUAUAUGAGUUUUAAAUGCUUAAUUCACUAACAUUAAUGUUCUUGAGCCUUUUUCCUCUUUUCAGAUCUUUGUGUUAUAACUUAUGGAACAUAGAUCUGGAGAAAUCAUUAAAAGGUAGGAAGAAGGCAUGGAAAAGAGAGAAAAAGAAGAAUUAGACUCAAGCAGGCAGGAUGGGCUUCCAGUUCAACUUUGGACAGUUUUGCCUGAAUUUAAAUUGUGUCCCCCGAAAAGCAUGUGAGGAUCUAGGGUUUAAGCAUCCAAAUAGGUAGGAGAGAUUCUGUUUGGCAUCCCAGAGUGUUUUGUUUUAUUUUGUUUUACCUGAACACUAGGGUCCUGAUGCAUUUUGAGUAGUGGAUUUACUGGGCUUAAUGUCAUUCAUUUGUUGCCAUAAAAUUAGGACCUGAGUCAAAAAAAAAAAAAA